AUGUUUGAGAGGUUGACCAUGCUGAACAUCCAGAGCACCUCAAACUGGACGGAAGCCAACGACUGGUACCAUCAGCAGAACACAGUUCCCAGCCAGCACAGCACCGAAGGAUGCCUGGUGGAGACGGACGGCAGGGUGACGAGCGAAAGAGGACACGUGGAAAGAGACGAGGGAGAAGAGUCUCGGCUGAGACUGCAGCUGAAGAGAAAGCUUCAGCGCAACAGAACCAGCUUCACGACAGAGCAGAUCGAGGCCUUGGAGAAGGAGUUUGAGAGAACACAUUAUCCAGAUGUUUUCGCACGAGAGCGGCUCGCGAACAAAAUCGACCUCCCGGAGGCGAGGAUACAGGUGUGGUUUUCCAACCGAAGAGCCAAAUGGAGGCGCGAGGAGAAGCUUAGAAACCAGAGGCGGUCGGGAGGCGGGACUUCCUGUGCUCAGACGCACGCUCCGCUGAGCACAUCCUUUAACUCAGCUGCCUAUCAUCAUCAUCCACAUGGCAACGGUGCAGCAUCUGUGCUGAAUCCGACCGACACGGCUCUUUCCAGUUACAGCUCUCUUUCAGUCUACUCCGGGGUUCAGUCGGCUCCUUCUCCAUCUGCGCCCUCGUACUCGUGCAUGCUGCCUCCGUCCCCGUCGGCCCCUCGCUCGUUUGAGACGUCCUACUCCUCUUCCCAUCUACCACCUCCACCUUCAGCUAACACCAGCACAGGUUUGAUUUCCCCAGGCGUUUCUGUACCUGUCCAGGUACCAGGAAAUGAUCAAAAUAUGGGACAGUAUUGGGCCAGACUGCAGUGAAAAGAAAAGGGGAGGUAGAAUUUGCGUUAGAAUACUAAACAAUGUAUGUUUACACAAGGUCGGAAAAUAGCUCUAAACAAUUCUCUUAUUAAACACGAAGGACACAAUUCCUUGAUUCGACAUUUAUUUCAUUUUUAGAUCCGAGGACAAUGUGCCAUAUUUGCUUCCAUUUAGUUUCAGACAAACAGGAAUGUAUAUGAUUUAUACGAUGAAGCAUUGUGCAAUGUUCGUUUUUCAUU